GGAACCUCAACUAGAAAAUUUUACAGAUUUCAUGUCAGUAAAUUAGAAGGAUCCAAAUAAGAAGUGGAAGAGGGACUUGCGGAGGGCAUUUGUGUGUCUGGGCAGGCUGGCUGCAUUCACCUGGGGUAUGUGCUAACCACAGCACUUGAAAGAGAGAGUCUGACCAGGUAGUGGUGCCCAGUGACCAGUAUGGCAUGUUGGUCAGCAGUGUUAACUGCACUGGUCAUCCUCACACUGACCAGUGAACCAGGAGCAAGGGGAGCCAAAGAAAACUCCAGAUUCUACUGGAGGCCCAACUUUGCCAUGCCGUGGACACGAGGGGAUAAUGUUUGUGCAAUACAAGAAGUGAAAGGCACAAGAAAGCAGUACUUCACAGAAUGUAUGAUUUACAAGCCAAAACUGGUCUGCGAGAAACCAACGUUUGUCCGCUACCGCUGUUGCUCAGGUUACGAAGAGGUGGCAGGGGAAAGGGGAUGCACAGGAGUGAAAACGGUAGAAAACCUCAAGGUCACCAUGAUGCGCUCUCGUCUGACCACCUUGUUGGAUUACGCCAAGAGGGCCAGCCUGGACCGUACCUUUGAGACAGAUGGACCUUUCACAAUUUUUGCCCCUGUUAAUCAGGCAUUCAGAAACUUACCCAGUGACUUGAAGAACCAGCUGUCCAGUGGUGGUCAAUCUUCCCUUAUCCUAUACCAUGCUCUGGACGGCAGAGUAAAGUACAAUGAAUUCAGGAAUGACCAGAAUUUCCCCACUGUUCUGGACAAACAGAAGUCUAUAAGGGUGAACAGAUACUCCAAUGGGGUGGUUACUGUAAACUGUGCCAGAAUUAUUAUGCCUAAUCAAGAAGCCACCAAUGGAGUAGUACACACCAUUGAAAAGGUGAUUUACCCAAUCCCUGACAAAACCAUAAUGGAUAUCCUUCUAGAAGAUGGCCGCUUCGGAGAACUCGUUACAGCGCUAAUACUGACACGAAGAGCAGAUCUACUCCGAGAGACGGGACCCUUUACAUUAUUUGCUCCCACUGAUGCUGCUUUCAGGAAUCUCCCCGCAGACAUCGUGAGCAGAGUAUUUGAUCCUGAUAACACUGAGGCCCUCAAAAAUCUACUAAAUUACCAUGUCAUCAAGCACAAUCUAUGCACCGCUGCCAUCUUCACCAGUUGUAACUUACGUACACUAGAGGGCAGCACAGUACGUCUAGGGUGUACGAGCAGAGACCAGAUGAAGGUGGACAAUGCCCUGGUCACUAGUGGGGAUAUUCUUGCCAGUAAUGGUAUCAUCCAUGCUGUUGACUCAGUCCUGCUACCCAACAGUGCCAAGGAUGUGACAAUGCUUGCACAAGAGAUCAACCUGCGAGCAUUCAUGGAGGCAGCAGAGUCCACGAAGUACGCAGCUGCUCUCAGGGGAUCCAAGAGCUCUUUCACAAUUUUUGCUCCAAGUGAUGAGGCUUUUGCAGCCGUAUCUGGUACAGAACUUAAUAGAUGGCAUUUUAACCCGGACUUGUACUUAAGCAUCUUGAAAUACCACAUCAUGGAGGGUAAAAUGAGCACAAAGGAUUUCGUCAGUCAGCGAGCAUAUUCUUCACAAUCUGCAAGUCAGGGCGGAGUGGCUGCUUCAGCAACUCUUAGAUUGAACUUGAAUAGAAAUGGCUGGUCAAUGAACUCGGCCAAAGUGACCAGCACAGACAACGAGUGUGGCAAUGGCGUCAUUCAUGUAAUUGAUAAAGUGAUGAUUCCUCCCACAAUGACCGUACUAGAGAUUAUCAAGGGAAACAUAAGACUCAGUACAUUUUGGAGCAUGAUCCAGACUGUUGGAAUAGACAUCUUUGCCAAUAUAACAGUUGGAGGGGGUUCCUUCACCAUUUUUGCUCCCACCAAUGAGGCCUUCAGUCGCUUGGAUACUGCCUUCAUGGAGAGACUCCUGCUGAAUACUAAGGAACUGGAAAAGAUCAUCAAGUACCAUAUCUUGAACCGCGGGGUCUACAGCUGUGGUAUACAGGGAGGACUGACAUACCAGUUCCGCACAGCGAUGGGAGAGUGGCUCAAAUUGUGGCGUUUGCAGCCUGAGGAAAAAACAGUCGAGGGAAACAAAAUGGUGAAGGAAGAAGAAAAAAUCAUCGUUGUCAACAGUAACACCACAAGAGUAAUUGACUAUGAUGUUCAAGGAACAGAUGGUGUAGUAUACACCAUAGAUCAGGUGCUGAGAUGUCAGUGCCCAGAGAUAGAUUAUUACUGAUAUAUUGUCUCAGACAUUCAUGAAAAAGGAUCACUUUGACCCCUCAACAAGACUGGUACCUCAAAGUUAAAGUGUGCUUUUUUGAUAUCUGUAUCAGGCCUUUGACAUUUUUAAUGUUUGAUUUUACAUUGACACCUUGCUGCUUGAAAAUUGAGAUAAUUUCCCUCUUGUUUUUGACAUAAGUCAGUACACAGAUUUUAGAAGUGUGAUAUCUACAUCAGCAGACCCAGGGGAGGGCACAGCUAGUGGGUAUUUGCAGGGCCCUUAGCCUCUGAAAUACCCCCACCACCACCUGGCCCCCAAAAAAUUGAAAUGAUACAACACCAAUUUCUCAUCACUGUGCCCUUCAUAUUAUCAUUGUUAAAAUGUCCUUGUCUAUUUUUUUUUAUCCCUCGACUGCCCCCUUCCCCCUCCUCAAUGAUAUACUGGGUCUCCUUGUGUUCAUUUUAAGUAUGUUUUCUAAUGGUCCCUUGCAAAAACUUUCCCAUUUUUACGAGCUGAACAACGAUAAUGAUAUUUCUACAUACGGAUUAACGUUUUAUUGCAUAUAUCUAUUGUUUGGUGAUGCUUGAACUUUCUGGACUAAAAUGUAUGUGAAAAUCAAAACUUAAGCAGUUGUUAAGGUUUUUAUUUCAUUCUGUCUAAAAAAAAUGUAAAUUAUAAUGCAAUGACCAUAAUGUGACCAGGUUGCAGAAAUAUUUUUUCCUAAAAGACUGAUAGUCAUGCAUAAUACCGAAAUAAGAUGACAUUUUAUAGAAAAUGUCGAAUAGUGGUAAAAAGAACCUGCUUGUAUAUUCAGAUUGAACUAAUAAAAAAGAGAAUGACUGAUAUUUGUAAUAAAUAUAAAUACAUUCAAUUAUGAUAAUCGGUUUCUUAGUCCACCUGGACACUAAUGAACAGGUAGAACCUUGUUGACAUUGCAUUCAUUUGAGAUUUAAACCUAAGAAAUAAUGUUAACUGUCUUGCUGAUUAACUGAAUAACUGCGAAUUUGAAAUAAAGCUAGAUCUAUAGUAUUUGAU